ACAAACAAACAAAAACAAAGAAGAUGUCGAGUAUGAUCAAGAUAACAAUGGUGAUGAUGGCUUUGGUACUAAUGGGCGUGAGAGCAAAAGCUGUGACUCAAUGUCAAGAAACAGAAUGCAAGUUCGACUGCGGAAACAUUCAUCAUAUGGCUUGGGCAAAUGGAAUGUACUGGAACCCAAAGAUGUGUUAUUUUGGUUGCUCUGGACGUUGUGGUAGAGACAUGAACUGUCGCCAACGUUGUAAGACAUGUUGUCAUUGGCGGUCCCCUGGUGCCUCUACAACUGUGAUUUGAGAUUCAUAUGUAUUUACACUUGUGGAACUUUUGGCAUAUCUUCAAUCUUGUUAUUUGACAUACUAAUAAAAGGAUCACUCUUUUUCA